GCGAACAACCUGGGCCCAAGCUUGCAUCCACGAAAGCCACAGAACAAGCCGCGACAAUAACAGCUACGCCAAGCAUCGACGAGCAACUUGAGCUGGCUAAACGCGCCUUCGCCCUCAGAAAGUACGAGCAGUCUGUGGACCAUUACGCUACGGUUCUCGAACAGAUGACCGCGCAACACGGCGACAACGCCCCCGAAAUCGCAGAUGUGUACUUUGCAUACGGAAAGGCCUUAUUGGAGAAUGCUAUCUCACAAAGCUCUGUACUGGGCAAGGAACAGGCCGAGGAUGCCUCGGGAGCAGAGAACGAGAGUGGCGGGAAUGCUGCGUUCCUGUCGUUUUCUGGUGAUGCGGAGGAGGACGAACCGGUCGAUCUCUUCGGCCAGGCGGCCAAGGUCGAAGACAAUGAGGAUGAGGAAGACGGGGAAGAGGCUGACGGAGGCGAGCCCGAAGACGACUUUAAUGCCGCCUGGGAAGUCCUCGAUCUAGCCCGGGCGUUGUUCGAGAAGCGGCAAGACGAGUCUGACGAGAUUAAGCACAAGCUGGCGGAGGUAUACAUCUGCCUUGGUGACGUCUCGCUAGAAACGGAAAAAUUUGACCAGGCGAUUACCGAUUAUGAGACAGGACUGGAACUCAAACUCGAACUGCUCCCCCAGUCGUCUCGGCAGAUCGCUGAGGCGCACUACAAGCUCAGCAUCGUGCUCGACAUGAGCUCAGGUCGCCUGUCAGAUGCCAUUGACCACGCUGAGAAGGCCCUUGCCAGCGUCGAGGCGCGACUGGCAGAGUUGCGAAAUGCGACCAGCGGCCAAAUGAAAGUGGAGACACUGCAGCAGGCCGAUCCAAAGGGCAAAGGCAAGGGACCUGCGAAGGGCCCGCGCAUGCUGGGUAAUGACUCUAUUCAGAACAUGACCCAGACGCAGAUGGCCUCUGAAAUCAAGGAGCUCGAGGGUCUGAAAGAGGACCUCGCACUCAAGGUGAGCAC